AUGACGUUGAAGAAUAAUGAGGUAAAUCUUGCAGACGGGGAAGCCAAGAAGUUUGCAGAGCUACCUCUUAGUAAUUUUUGGGAAUUAUCUUCUCCACGGAACGGUCUCAGACCAGGGCUUCUAGUUUGGACAGGAAAUAUCAAAGGAUUAAGAACUAUUAAGAAGCACAAAAGAACAGUAAAGGAAGCACAGCAGCAGCAGCAGCAGCAACAGCAGCAGCAGCAGCAACAGCAGCAGCACCUACACAUGCAGCAGCAGCAGCAGCACCUACAGCAGCAGCAGCAACAGCAGCAGCACCUGCAGCAGCAGCAGCAACAGCAGCAGCACCUACAGCAGCAGCAGCAACAGCAGCAGCACCUACAGCAGCAGCAGCGACAGCAGCAGCACCUACAGCAGCAGCAGCAACAGCAGCAGCACCUACAGCAGCGGCAGCAACAGCAGCAGCAGCUACAGCAGCGGCAGCAACAGCAGCAGCACCUACAGCAGCAGCAGCAGCGACAGCAGCAGCACCUACAGCAGCAGCAGCAGCAACAGCAGCAGCACCUACAGCAGCAGCAGCAGCAACAGCAGCAGCACCUACAGCAGCAGCAGCAGCAGCUACAGCAUCAGCAACAACAGCAGCAGCACCAGCACCUACAGCAGCAGCAGCAGCAGCAGCAGCAGCAGCAGCAGCUACAGCAGCUACAGCAGCAGCAGCGACAGCAGCAGCAGCAGCACCUACAGCAGCAGCAGCAGCAGCAGCAGCAGCGACAGCAGCAGCAGCAGCACCUACAGCAGCAGCAGCAGCAGCAGCAGCAGCAGCUACAGCAGCAGCAGCGACAGCAGCAGCAGCAGCACCUACAGCAGCAGCAGCAGCAGCAGCUACAGCAGCAGCAGCGACAGCAGCAGCAGCAGCACCUACAACAGCAACAACAGCAGCAACAACAGCAGCAGCAGCUACAGCAGCGGCAGCAACUGCAGCAGCACCUACAGCAGCAGCAGCACCUACAGCAGCUGCAGCAGCAGCAGCAGCAGCAGCAGCAGCUACAGCAGCAGCAGCGACAGCAGCAGCAGCUACAGCAGCGGCAGCAACUGCAGCAGCAUCUACAGCAGCAGCACCUACAGCAGCAGCAGCAGCAGCAGCAGCAGCAGCUACAGCAGCAGCAGCGACAGCAGCAUCAGCAGCACCUACAGCAGCAGCAGCAGCAGCAGCUACAGCAGCAGCAGCGACAGCAGCAGCAGCAGCAGCACCUACAACAGCAACAACAGCAGCAACAACAGCAGCAGCAGCUACAGCAGCGGCAGCAACUGCAGCAGCACCUACAGCAGCUGCAGCAGCAGGCAACUCCACCAGCUGAGCUCAGCCACUCCUCCUCCUCCUGCCACCACCCAGCCACUCAGCCAUUCAAGCCAGCUAGGCAGCCAUCUCGCGCAGCCACUCAGCCAGCGGCGGCCAGGCAGAGGUACGAGAGGUAG